GACUUCGGGUCCGAGCACGGCUUGGAGAAGCUCGGCCAGGUGUACCGUGAGCUCCUUGAGCUGGGGCCGCAGUGGCCCGCCACAAGCGCCGAGGACGGGGGCCUGCCGCUGGCGGAGCAGAAGCUGGUCGAGCGGCUGGGGCGGCAGCUGCCCAAGUUCACGGAGGAGCAGCAGCGCGACCUCGUGGCCGCCUUUGCGCCGCUGCGCGAGGAGACGUGCCUGCGCAUGGCGGACGUGGCCGAGAGGCUCGGCGGCUGGCUGUGCGAGGUACAGUACCUACCAAGUCGUUCUGUUUUCAUCGGCGCGAUGGCUCUUACUCUCGAGAGUAUGAAGGAGUUGCUUGCGGGUCAGUUGAAGUCCCACGUUGAUCCCAUCAACGAGCAGAUCAACAUCCUGUCGAACGCGAUCACUAGCAACAUGGAGACAGUCAAACGCCUGGAUCAAGAACUAAAUAAGCGUCUGGACGAACAGCAGCAAGCCAUGGCGGAGCAACGUGCGGAGCUGGAGCGGCAGGCGGCUGCCAUCUCGGCCUUACAGCUUGGCCAGGCCAUCACUAUCGAUAGCGAGGAUGAGCUGAUGUCAGACUCUGCCCAUCGCGGCCGGCCUCCUGUUUCGGCUUCCCCUGUCGUGGAUGCGGAGCUCACCGCGCGGGUGCUGCAGCUGGAGGAGAAGCUCGCUUCCACGGUGGCCUCCAGCUCGCCAUCGGUGAACAGCGACCCGUGGUCCGACUACGCGCGGCGCCGCGGAGCUGCUCCAGCUCAGCCACUUGCUGCCCCCCCUACUGGUCACGACCACGGUGAGCGCAACAAGAAGAAGAUCUGGAUCCGCGGCUUCCCUCGCAAACUGAUGCAGACGACGUUCAAGUCGCACUUUGCCAUUGUCAAGUCCAAGAUGCCCGCGCAGUACUCUGAGAAGUGCCGAGUUCAGGCCCAGAACUAUAAGUUCAGUUACAAUAUUCAGUUCGACGAGGAGGAUGACGCUCUGCUCUUCCACACCAGAUGUCGAGCGGACCCCUCUUUCUUGACCUGGACGGACCCGCGCAGCGCCGAGGUGGUGCAGCUUCGUGUGGGCUGGGAUCAGCCUCAGCCGAUUCGGCAUCGCUCGUAUGCGCUGGGGCAGUGCUGGCAGAUCAUGCUCGACGCCCUGAAGGAGCAGUGCCUCUGGCUCGAGUCGAUGAAGUUAGGGUCGAACCCGUUCACUGGACACUUGCACCUUUACAAUUCGGCUAACGAGGAGGUGUGGGACCUGGUGAAGAUCUCGGAGGAUGCCCAGGGCACGUUCAUCAUUGUGCCGCUGGAAGACUGCCACGUCGUCGGCCUCUCGAAGGAGUUCAUCGACAGCCUAGCG